AUUCGUGAUUCAAGAUUAUAUACACACUGCUUCUUGACUAACGAACCCCAUUCAUGGAUCGCGUCCCAUCUUCAAUCCUGACUCCACCUACGACCCGCGACUGCAGUGUCGGAGAUGACCCGCUGAUCGGACCUUUCGCCAAGCUUGCACAACCUCACAAACCGGAAACAGAAGGGCAGGCACGUUUCACCACUCUCCACUCAUCGCCGGCCAAACUUUCGCUCGACCGAGAUGGCCAAUCCAUCCUCCUCAUCAACUUCACAUGGGUCCGGCCCGCAGCUUCAUUCGGCAUAUGCGCUCUCCAAUUCUGCUCCAGAGGAUGCUGCGAUGUCACAUCGAGACGCGGCAGAGCUAGACGACUCGGGCGAAGCUCAGGAGUACGAGGAAGGAGCAGAGGAGUUGUACGACGACCUGGAAGGAUUGCCCGCAGAUUUCGACCCCGAAGAUCCCAAUCAUCCCGCAUUGCCCCCGCUUGCCACUCUUCCCAUCGCCAACAUCAGCAGACUGAUGAAGCUCAGCAUACCGGCAUCCAGCAAGAUAGCGAGAGAUGCCAAAGACUGCGUGCAGGACUGCGUCUGCGAGUUCAUCGCCUUUCUGACCUCGGAAGCUGCGGACAGGUGUCUGGAUGAGAAGAGAAAGACCAUCAAUGGGGACGAUGUGCUCUAUGCUAUGCGCACGCUAGGCUUUGACGAUUACGAGGCUGUUUGUAAUGUGUGGCUAAGCAGAUACAGGAUGGCACAAGAAGCAACUCCUCGUAAGCGGUCAAGAAGGGGCGCCGCGCGUGGCACUACGGAUGCAGACGAGGGACUGGAAGACGAUGAGGAUCAAGAUGGAGACGAUGGCGAUGGCGAUGACGAGUGAUGUCGCUUUGACUGUCCUCCUCGCGCCACGAUCAUUUCCCCGCGUGCCCUACAAUCCUGUCCACCUAGCAGUGUCUGCAUGCCCCAUUACCAACUUGUAGCAUACCCUCUUCGCGCCUCAACCUCAACCAUAGAUGCCCGCUGCCAUUCCAGUGGCAGACCAAUGCGCCAUGCGCCGGAUUCCGAAAGUUGCGACCGGAGACAUGAGCAUUUCAAGGCCGGAUCAUUCAUUGAAGAAAUGCUUUCAAUCCCAGGCCCCAGGCCUGCCCUCCCUCCUGUCCUUCCGCCUUUGCUCGACCC